AGUUAAUUAACUUUCGUAGCGAGCAGUCGAUUUGUCGAAUUGACGCUUCUCGUAUAUAAAUAGUGUGUCUAUAAAAAAAAUUGAAAAUUCUUUAAAUGUUCAAAUCAUUUAAAUAUUAAAAAAAAGACAGUGAAUCUAAGGAAAAAAUUAAAUGUCCGUUUAAUUGGAAAUUAUUCUGAAAAACUAUGUCAUAAUAAGUACUGUUAAAACGAUUUUCACAAAUUUUGAAGAGAAAUGAAAACAUCUUCACGUUGUGACGUGAAAGAUGUCCUUCGGCGAAGGAUUCCAAUUAUUGCGUGGCUUCCCAAUUAUUCCAUCAAUAAAUUCCUGCAGGACUGUCUCGCAGGAUUUACUGUCGGUUUGACAGUUAUUCCUCAAGGAAUUGCAUACGCCAUAGUUGCGGGAUUACCUGCUCAGUAUGGACUCUACAGCAGUUUUAUGGGGUGUUUCGUUUAUCUUUUUUUUGGAAGCAGUAAAGAUAUUACCGUAGGUCCGACUGCAAUAAUGGCUCUUCUUUCUUUGCCGUAUGUAAAGACAAUGGGUCCAGAUGUUGCCGUUCUCCUCUGCUUCUUAACUGGAUGUUUAAUAACUCUAAUGGGCGUUUUUCAUUUGGGAUUUCUCGUGGACUUCAUUAGUAUGCCUGUAAUCUGUGGAUUCACAAAUGCAGCGGCACUAAUAAUUGGAUGCUCACAAGUUGGAACCCUCUUUGGACUCAGCGGAAGGAGCGAGUCCGUCUAUGAUGCUGUGAUGAAAUUAGUGAAUAAUUUUUCCGAAAUAAAAUUGUGGGACACAACUUUAGGAAUUCUGUGCAUUAUGGCCCUAUUUGGCUUAAAGAACUUACCUGGGAAGAAGUUUGGUUCAUCUUUUGAGAAGGUGUUGUGGCUUCUAAGUUUGAGUCGAAACGCCAUUGUCGUGAUAACUGGAACCAUUAUAGCUUAUUCAUUUUCAUUGAAUAAUUCCAUUCCAUUCAAAAUAACUGGAAAUAUAACUGAGGGACUGCCACCGUUUUCACCGCCGCCGUUUUCCACAAUUUUCAACAAUAAAACAUACACAUUUUUGGAUAUGACAACAACGCUCGGCAGUAGUAUCGCAUCAGUGCCGUUUAUUGCAAUUUUGGAAAGCAUUGCCAUUGGAAAAGCAUUCGCAAAAGGAAGAUCGUUAGAUGCCACCCAAGAGAUGAUAGCACUGGGCCUGUGUAAUAUCAUGGGGAGCUUUGUGAAAUCUAUGCCUGUGACGGGUAGUUUUACGAGGACAGCUGUCAACUAUGCCUCAGGUGUUAAGACACCCAUGGGCGGAAUUGUCACCGGAAGUAUAGUUCUUCUUGCUUGUGGUCUUUUAACAUCAGCCUUCAAAUUCAUUCCAAAAGCAACGCUUGCUGCUGUUAUUAUCUUUGCCAUGUACAAUAUGUUGGAAUUUCACAUAUUCUCCGUUUUGUGGAAAACAAAAAAGGUUGACAUAAUUCCAUUGACGGUCACAUUGGUGUGCUCUUUAAUUUUUGGUCCUGAAUAUGGGAUGCUCGCUGGAAUCACGAUAAAUUUAAUGUUGCUGCUUUAUUUCACGGCGAGGCCGGGAUUAAUUAUCGAGGAGAGAACAGUUGAUGGUUUAAUUAUUCUUUUUGUAUCUCCGAAGCAAUCAUUGAGCUUUCCGGCUGCUGAAUAUUUGAGAGAACAAGUCAUGUCUUGGUGCGAUGGAAGACGGGAGACAAUACCUGUUAUUCUAGAUGGACGAAAUGUAACGCGAAUUGAUACGACAGUUGCAAAGAAUUUAACACUUCUGCAUAUGGAUUUGGAAAUGAGGAAGCAAAAGUUAAUAUUGUGGAAAUGGUGCGAUGAGGCGAAAAAAACUUUGACAUGCUAUGAUUCAGAAACAGCCAAUCUCUUUAGAUCGGGAACCCUGUCACAGAUAUUUUCAGAGGAAAACAACUUUGUUCCAGACAGAGUAGAUGUGAUAAUAUAAUAAUUGAAAUUAUUAUCUAAAUUUUAUUAUAUUAAUUAUUUGCAAUUAUCUAAAUAUUCCUAAUUGCAUGUAAAUAUUGUUAUAGAUAUUUUUUUAAUUACUUUAAAAUAUCGCCGCUGUUGAUGCAGUUACAGUAAAUAUUUUUUA